CGUGUGGAUCAACGAGACUAGCUGCACCAUUGUGAACUCCAGCAUCGUGUGUGAUGUAAACUGUUCCUACAGCUGUGGAACGGAGUGCUGGAGGCGUUCCCGUUACCCCUGCCUCCAAGUCUAUGUGAGCCUCAACUCCUCGGGAAAAGUGGUACGACUGUUGCACAACGAGGAGGCGCAGGAAAGCAACCCAGAGUGCUUCUACAUCCCAAAGUGCCAGAAGGACUAUGCAGCCUUACAUGCAAUGAUUCAGAACAUUUCUGAGCGUCUCAAGUCUCAGCACACAGUCCAGUGUUUCGUGGACCCUACGGACAGAAUGGACAGUGCCAUCCUGAUGCAGAUCUAUAGUUUGGUCACAGUCUUACACUCUCUGUUCUGGCCUACCUUCACCUUGAUUGGGGGAACCAUCAUCAUAGCUAUGGUGAAGCUGACCCAGUCCCUGUCCAUCAUUUGCGAGCGAGCAAGCCGCAUUAAGAGGUGAAGGAUUGGAAUACAAUAGGCGCUUUCACACCGGAGUACUUUUCCAAGGAAUAGUUCCGAUAGUUCCUGGGAUUUUGCGUUCACACCAAAAAGAUCUGGAACGAGAACUUUUUUUCGGAAUCCUUUUCAGUCCAUGCUAGAGAGGUGGUACUUUCCUGGGGAAGAAAA